CCAAAGAUACAAAAUUUGGGAAACUAUAGAUGAAGAGGUGAUAGUUUCUGGGCGUUUUUCUUCCUGUCACUUUUGAUUCCAUUCAAUAUCUGCGUAGCUGAUACGAAUGAAGGUGCCCCAGGACUGUCCACGCCAGGAAUGCCAGGACGACCACCAAAGACGGAUGUUGGAAGUUUCGAGAUUGUCGCAAAGAGUCCAAGCAGGGAUGUAUACUUAUAUUGGCAAUCAAUUCCGGAAUAUUUGGAAAACGGAGACAACUUCACGUAGAAGAUUGUUAAUGUCGAAGAGAAUGGCGACAAGGUGAAUCUCCAGCCGCAAGAGAUCACCAAAACUUAUGCAAAGUUCAGAGGCAUCAAUGUUCACAGCUUUAGAUUUGAAAUUGUAACUGCCAACUGUAAAGGAGCGAACGAGCAUAAGGCUGUGAUACAUGUUCCGAGUAAACUCGAAAUACCACGGGAACCAGAUGUGUUUACGAAAAUUGCAUUUGACGAUGGUCUCUAUGAGCUGUCGUGGAAUCCACCGCAUGAUUCGAACAUUGUAAAUUACACAAUAUUCUGGUGCGAGAACGAUCGUGACAAACCACAUCAAUGCACUGGGUACCUUGGCUGGGUUCACGUACAUCGGGACGUAACCGUAUACAACAUUACGGUACCUGAUCCAAGAAAAGUCUACCAAUUCGUGAUAGCGGCGAAUACAGAUCGGGCUAGCAGCGGUAUGGUAUGGACUUCGUGUACCGCCAUCCACAACGGUGUAAUCCGGAAGAUGAAGUCUGUAUGGAUAAAUCAUCCCGAGUCGCACCUGAUUGAAAUUGGUUGGAAGCUGAAGUGCACAGAUCGCAUAGGCAUUGUUGAAGGUUUUAAAAUAUAUUAUUGCCCCAUUGUAUCACCGGAGAACUUAAACUGUACGGGUGCGAAAUUAAACAGAACCGUGAAGGCUGACCCUCAGACAACGCACGGCGUCGUGAGCGACUUGAAGCCCUAUACUACAUACAUGGUAUCCAUAGCAGUAUUAACAAAGAACGGCGAGGGACCUCAAAGUGACCGGCAAUAUACCACGACACGUGAGGGAGCGCCCACCGUGCCUGUCAAUGUUGUGGUUAAAAACGUAACGAACACAGCUAUGGUGGUUGAAUGGGAAGCCCCAUCUACUAUGAACGGAGUUUUACGAUAUUAUCAUGUCCAUUACAACCAAAAUACGACAAGAUUCGAGGGAGCCCACGGUAACACUACCCAAGUAGUGAUUCAAGGCCUCAAACCGCACACGCACUACAACAUCAGCGUCUCGGCAUGUACCGUUACAUGCGGCAAUCUCUCCACACCGAUAGAUCGUUGGACUGACAUUCGAGUUCAGAAGAACCGGAAGUAACCACCAUACGAUUCACGAAUUCCAGCCAGGUUUACAAUUAGAUUGUUUGGAGCGAACGGUGAUCAGGUCUAUGCAACAACAACUCGUGGAGUGUUGUAACCGUGAAAUUUACUGGGCCAUAUCAAUUUUCAAUCGAUAACGCAAAA